AGGUUUCGCUGUUAACAAGACAUUAAAAAAAAUCUUACAAACAGUCCCUUUAAAUUUGCCUAAAUAUCCUACCAGAAAGAAAAAAAAAAGAAAAAAUUUCAGAUUUUUUUAAACGCAUCUUCAGAUUUUAUGUGCACCACUUCUUGACUACACCGGGCACAAGAGAGUGGCUCAGAUGUUGAACCUCCUUGUACAGCCCAUAGGGUGCGUGCUUGCUCUGUUGUUUUUCUCUUUGCAUGUGCGUAAUGACGCAUCCGUCCUCCAUGCAGCGCCUCUCCUCCUCCUCCCUCCUGUCACAUCUGGAUCUGGCUCCUCUCAUCAGCACCACUCAGCGCAGUGGGAGAGAGAGAAAGAGAGAGAGAGAGAGAGAGGGAGGCUGAGCUCGGUCGGUGCAGCUUCAUCCACAGCCGAGCAGAAUCCAGGAGAGGAGAGCAGGAAGGACAUCUCACCUUCUCAUCCGGAUAUUUUGCAUCUCCUCUGUCUUCCAUCCAUCCAUCCGUCAGUCCAGCUUCUUUUUUUUUUCUUCUGCUCCUCUUCCCCCUCUCCUCCUGUCUUGGGGUUAUGAUGAUGAGCUCUAGCCUGCUGGAAAACCCGGUGCAGGCGAUUCUGUACCUGCGGGAGCUCACCACCAUCGUCCAGAACCAGCAGAGUCUCAUCCAGACGCAGCGCUGCCGGAUAGAGGAGCUGGACCGGCGGGUGGACGAGCUCAUCGGGGAGAACAGGCACCUGCGGGACGUCAGGGUGCAACAGCAGCAUCCUUACCUUCACCACUAUCACCAUCACCCUGACCCCAGCUGCCUCCAUCAACACCUGCACCCUCAGGAGCCCCAGCAGCUCAAGACCAGUGCAGGGUCUGAGCCAGACCAUCUUGAUGCACCUGCACCUGCACAGGUUGAGGAUGCUCCUCCAGGGGUCCAGCCGUCGCCUCCCCAACCUAUGGACCCGGGGGACAUGCAGCUAGUCCCGGCCGAGCCGUCCACUGGUUCCCCGGUUGAAAGUGACCCAGAAAACGGGGGAAAUUGCCAAGGCUGCCGCUCUUUGGUUCCGAUGACCCCCACAACCCUUUGUCGUACCCUGGCUAAGAAAUCAGAGAGCGAGACCGUGCUGCAUCAGUUUUGCUGCCCCGCCCCUGAACAUCCAGAGGCUGACACCGCCGGCUCAUCCGGUGGACAGAUGCUGAGCCUGGAGGAUGGUACAUCCUCUGGUGGUGGACAGGAAGUGGAGGGGACCAAGAGAGAAGGACCCAGCGAGUACGAGAUCAGCCUCGAGAACAAGAACAAACAGAUAGAAGAGUUGGAGCAAAAAUAUGGAGGCCAUCUCAUAGCGAGGCGGGCAGCCCGUCGCAUCCAAACGGCCUUCCGUCAAUACCAGCUCAGCAAAAACUUCCAGAAGAUCCGUAACUCUCUGUCAGAGAGCAAGUUGCCCCGCCGGAUCUCCCUGCGCCAUCCAAGCCCUUCAGGCCGGAACCGGAACGCAGCCCAGAGACACAGUUACAGUCUGCAUCCUGGAGGAGGACAGAUACCCUUACGCUCCAAAACUCCUCCUCCUCCCCCGUGUCGCUCCACCUCUCUGCCCCCUUCUCCUGCGUCUGCCCCGGCAGCUGCUCAUGGUCCCGCUGCUGCCUCGGGCCCUGCCCAAUCUCCAUCCCCUGGACAAACACUCACACAGCUGGAGGACUGCUUCUCUGAACAGCUUCAUUCCUUGGCCCAGUCAAUUGAUGACGCCCUUCGUGGUUGGAGCUUGUCGGAAGGUGGAGACGGGAAGGGGCUACUGAUGGACCCCGGGGCCCUUCGUGCAGCUGCUGAGAGCGCUUGUCUGCCCCGCAGUGCCAGCUCGUUGCUCAUGGCCUUCAGGGAUGUCACCGUUCAUAUCGACAGCAAUACCUCCUACACCAUCUCCACCGCCACCACCACGACCACCUCCUCUCUGGGCAACGCGGGCGCCGGAGGGCCGGGCAGCAGGAAGACUUCUGAGAGCGGGAUGACUGGGGGAGGAGAUGGCCAGUUAGCAGAGGAUCCAGAGUUUCCUGCACCUCCGCCCAGUGAGGAGCUGGAAAUGGUUGAUUCAGGAUCCAGGAGGGGCUCAGCUGUGCCGACUGGAGGAGGAAUUGAGGGCGAGAGCGGCUCAGACAGACUGGGGUCCACGUCCACUUCUACCUCCACCUCUAUCUCCACCUCAGCCCAGUGUAACCAGCAACCUGCUCAAAUUUACACCCAGUACCAGCAGUACCACUACACUCAUCCUCAGCAGAUCCCCGGGGGGCCGAGCCCCGAGGCUCUGCAGGCUCUGGUCGUCUCUCUGCCCAGGGACCGCUGCCAGGAUCCGGCCUCCUGCCGCUCGCCAACUCUAUCCACAGACACACACCGCAAACGCCUCUACCGCAUAGGACUCAACCUCUUCAAUGUGAACCCAGAGAGAGGCAUCCACUUUCUGAUCACGCGUGGUUUCGUCCCGGACACGGCCAUCGGAGUGGCUCACUUCCUGCUGCAGAGGAAGGGCCUGAGCAGACAGAUGAUCGGAGAGUUCUUGGGGAACAGCAAGCUGCAAUUCAACAGAGAUGUCCUUGAUUGUGUCGUGGAUGAGAUGGAUUUCUCGGGCAUGGAGCUCGACGAAGCCCUCAGAAAGUUCCAGGCUCAUGUUCGUGUUCAGGGAGAAGCACAGAAAGUGGAGAGACUCAUCGAAGCCUUUAGCCAGAGGUACUGUAUGUGUAAUCCUGAUGUGGUGCAGCAGUUUCACAACCCAGACACCAUCUUCAUCCUGGCCUUCGCCGUGGUCCUCCUCAACACUGACAUGUACUCGCCCAACAUCAAACCCCAGCGCAAAAUGGGCCUGGAUGACUUCAUACGCAACCUCAGAGGUGUGGAUGACGGAGCAGACAUCCCCAGAGAGAUGGUCGCAGGCAUCUAUGAAAGGAUCCAACAAAGAGAACUCCGCUCCAACGAAGACCACGUCACCUACGUGAGCCGCGUGGAGCAGUCCAUCCUGGGCCUGAAAACUAUCCUCGCCGUGCCCCACAGACGUCUGGUGUGCUGCUGUCGUCUGUUUGAGGUGCCUGACGCCAACAAGCCUCAUAAACAGAAACUGUCCCAGCUCCAGAGAGAGGUCUUCCUCUUCAAUGACCUGCUGCUGAUCCUGAAGCUGUGUCCCAAGAAGAAAAGCUCGGCCUCAUACACCUUCUGUAAAGCUAUGGGUCUUCUGGGAAUGCAGUUUCACCUCUUCAGCAAUGAAUACUACGCCCAUGGCAUCACCAUGCUGAGCCCGUUUACCUCAGAGAAGAAGCAGCUGGUGAGUUUCUGCUCCCCGAGCGGAGACGAACUCAGGAAGUUUGCAGAGGAGCUCCGAGAGGCUAUCACAGAGGUCAACGAGAUGGAGCAGAUACACAUCCAGUGGGAACUGGAGAGGCAACAAGGCAUCCAGCCACACGGCAUACACACCAAUGGCGGGCAAGUGGACAUACACACAGGACACGGCUCUCCCUCAGGCCAACAGGAUCCAUACGAUAAAACCGGCAACAACAACACAGUAGAGGUGUCAAUUCACAACAGGCUGCAGACCUAUCAACUGAGCCAGCCCAGCAUUGAGUCCGCGCCUCUGGCCCUAGCUGCGCCGCCCACCCUGCUCAGCCCCAUCCAGGCUGGAGAGCUUCGCCCAGAAACACUCAUCCAAUGCCAGCAGAUCGUCAAAGUCAUCGUCGUGGACCAGAGCGGGCGAGGGCGGAUGGAGGCCUUCCUCAGCCAAGGCCCGGCCACCCAUCAGCUCAUCCAGUCGGCCAUGUCCACGCCCGUACGCGUCAGAGAGGGGGACGGCCCUCAGCCUCCUCUGCCGCCUCCGCCUCCACCUUACAACCACCCCCACCAGUUCUGUCCCCCUGACUCACCCAGGCCCCUCCACCACACCAUGCCUCUCACCCGCAGGCGUAACUCCAGCGGCUCCCGCAGCAUCGUCUGAGUCGUCGGCUACUCUGCGAACCCUGGGGGCCAGACAUGAGCCUCACAUUCACACACAGCAACAGACACAUGCUGGAGCACUGGUCGACUCACUUUGAAUGGUGAGAUUAAAGCAUUGCUAAAAAAAAAAUAGAGUUUGGAAUACACUGUACGAGUCGAAUAAAAGGACAAAGGAAAAGGAAACCAACAAGAAUCUAUUCAUUGUCUUGACUGAGUUUUAAUGCCAUUUCUGAAAGACAACUUUUCUUCUUUCUUUUGUCUCCAACAUGUCACCCGGUAGCUGAUGGUGUUGUCCGACUAGAUUUCACACUCUUUAAGAGAUCUUGUGACUUUGCAUUUUUAAAUGUCACCUAUCCAACAAAUGUGUCUGUGAGCUUUAACUGUGAAACCGAAAGGGCGACGUCAGAGAAGCAAACUCUGGCAGCCCUGAAAGGACAAGGGAGCGCUUUAAAUACGAAGGACAAAACUCUGUUUUGUUUUGUUCUCCUUCAGGAUAUUGAUGUUAAGUUCACACCUCUUUGUUUGGUUCUCAGUGUUAUUAGAUACCGCACUGAGUGAAGAAUCAUUUCAGCAGAGCUAAUCUAGCUUCUCCUCACCGAAAUCUUUUUAUUUCUCAUCUCUGCAUAAUGUGAAGAAACGAGUAUCAGCUUAUUUGUUUCCUUCAUUUUCUAGGGAACAGAUAAUGUGUGAGAGAAAGGCGGCCAAGAAAAAGGUAAAAGGCUCUGGCUGGCAUCACCACCCUGUCAUGUGCAGUAAGAAAGGAUGUUGCUACUUACUACACUAACCUAAAAACACAUCCUGACGACAAUCAUAUUUUUCUGUCCUUCAUUGUUGUGUGUUUUGCUAAACUUGUGUGAGCAGGUAUCUUCACCGUAGCGUGCGGCUGCCCUGAUUCUAUGGCGUUUUGCUCUCACAGAGCUCAGGAAAGGAUUUGCUGCACUGUAACAUGUAAUAUCGGAGUUGUACUGAGAGCAGCGUGCUUGUUUACGGUGUGUUCAGUCUGCUUACUCAUGAGCAGCAGGGAGUAGUAAAUAAUCCAAAAACAAGGCUAAAACAGCCAGAUGAAGCUUUUCUCCUGUACAUUUACUCCUAAUGGGUUACCUAGUGUGAAUAUUGUUGUUUCCUUUGGAUUGAGGCAAUACCUGUGCCCAGAAAACUCUUAAAAAUGAAUAUAAAUUGCUCUACACAGGGUAGUCCAAGGUCACCUCACGAAAACAUCACUCCCCUCUCACAAAUUAUAUUUUUCCUCGCACACUGAAAAUGUUAUAUAAGCAGAGAUGCAUUCCUAUACUGAAUGUUAAUCAGGGGGGAAACUGAAGAUGUCCAUGGGAUAGUUAUUGAUUUCAUCAUCGGGUCGUCUGUCCAGUGUCGAUGGUUCGAGCUUGAGCCAGCAGAUCGCAAAUCAUCCAACUGAGACACACCGAACACGUCUUGUACCUUUUGCACCACAGAAUAUAUUGGAUAUAUUGUAAAUAGAUAAUAUAGAUUUAUUCUGAAAAAGUGAUUGGUUUGCCCAGUGUGUGUAUCUACGUAUGUAUUUGUACAGAGAAGAAUCUAGUUUAAAAAAAAAGGUUAUUAUAGUUAUUAUAGCUAUUAUUAUUAUUAUUAUUAUUAUUAUUCACAUUUAAUAUCAGGGGGUGUCCUAAAUCCUACUGCUACGAGAGACAGGAAACAGGCAGCUUUUAUAGAACACACUCCAGUUACCAUGGUAACACACACAGAUAUUAAUACAGAUCUACAUUCAUCAUGAAAUUAUACCGUGUCAUAUUAUUAUAGGAUUAUUAAGAGAUGGCUGUGUCACCUGGUUAAGGUGUGUAAAGGGCUAUGCUGUAUUGGUGAAUAUGUGCAGUAAAUCACAGGUCAUGCAAAAACACACACACAUACACGCACACACUGACGUACGCAAACAUGCACAUAGCUGCCAAAGCAACAGCAACUCCAGCUUAGAUUCAUUUUAGAAACGGCUUGGUUUCUCAAGUCAGCAACCCCACUUUGUUUACUGUAAACUCGGACUGACUUGUACUAUACAGCAUGAUAUUGUUUUUUUUUUUUCAUUUACAGUACAACGGGGGGAGUUUAUUAAUAUGUUUGUAUCAUUAUUGUCAGGGCAUGUUGGGUUGAUUGAUGUCAUUUUCUCCCCUCUCUCUACUUCCUCCCUCCUUUCUGCCCGACCCCUUACCUCCGUGGUUGUCAUGGAGACGCACCAAUCUGCAUCCUCACUGUGGAGCACUGUCAUUAAUCUUUGCGCCCUCACAAUAUUUCUAAAAAGGGAGAUUUCUUAAAGAUCAACAUGUUUACUAAUGGAAUAUUUCUAAUUUUUUCUGUUCAAAGAGAAUGAAAGAAUAAAGUAGUUUUUACUCUGGG